AUGGCGUCUGCGAAUCAUGCGCUGUCGCGCUUGCUGCGCCACACGCGCCUGAGCACGUUCGAUCCGGCGGUGCGCCAGGUGUACCAGACCCCCAAAGCGCACGCGGUGCGUGGCGACUGGGGCCUGAAACGCCCACUGCCGUCGUCGUGGCAGACGAGCGCGGACGCCCGCGCGCAGGUGCCGUACCCCGGUGCGCUGCGGUUCGCUACCGUCGAGUCCCUGGACAAUGCACAGGGCCUGACCGAGUGGUCCGAGGCGGAGCGCGAGCCGCUCUUCCGCGUGCGCUGGCACGAGGCGGGCGCGCGCCUCGCGGACCGCGCGCGCCGCGACGUGCUCGGCGUGAGUGUGCUGGGCGACGACGACGUGAACCACGCGCUUGGCCCCCGGCCCCGCAUCGCGUACGAUCCCGCGACGUGCGCCGAUGCGCAAAAGCUCCCCACGAACGUCGUGUGGGGCGCACACCACGAGCGCUUCCAGGACCGGCCGGACGCGCUGCCCAACUACCAUGCGAUGGACGAGCGCACGUUCCAGCGCUUCCUCGCGCAGCUGCGCCGCCAGCGCGGCAAGUUCCGCGCGGCGCUGCAGGCACGUCGCGAGCAGGCGACGGUCGCCGCGCAGAUGGACGAGCUCGCCCAGGCCGCGGCGCAGCGCCCGGUGAGCGAGGCCGAGUGGCAGAGCGCGCAGGCGCCGCGCGAGGUGCCGGCCGUCGACAUGUGGACCGAGGCGCGCCUCCCGCCCGCGCCGCGGAACGCCGCCGACUUCCUCGAGGCGCGCGCGCACGCGCGCUUCGAGGCGCCGCAGAGCCAUGCGCUGACGGCGCCCGCGCAUGCGGCGCCCGCGCACCCGCUGCGGGGCCUGCAGUAUGCGCAGCCCGACAGCGUGUACACGUACCUGCUCAACGAGCCGGUGCGCGGCCGCGCGCUGCACCGCGUCGAGGACGCGCGGCGCCAGCGCUACUUUAUGGGCUCGGACGCGGCGCUCGCCGUGGCGCUCGGCGGCCACAUUGGCCACCUGCCGCUGCAGCACCGCCACGGGCUCGACAUGGUCGACUACACGCGCGUGCAGCCGCAGCGCGGCGAGUCGUACUUCCGUGUGCUGCACGCAUGGCUCGACAUGGCGCCGACCGUGGCGAACGCGCGGCGUGCGCCGCCGCGCCCCGACGUGGACCCCGCGCUGGGCUCGGUGCGCAUGCAGGUCAUGGCGCUGCGCCGCCCUGGCGGACGUGGCGAGUAUGCGCCGCCGCCGCUGCCUGGCACGCCGCGCUGGAUCGAUGAGCCGCCGGCGGCAGACGUGAGUCGCGCGCUGCGCGCGACGAGCCCCGAGGCGGGCUCGCUGUUCGGGUCACUGGCGCGCCACUCGCGCGCGGCGCCCGGCGCGCGCGCGAGCCCCAAGCGGCAGCGCCUGCAGAAGCGGCAGCGCGACCUGCCCGGCUCGGUGCAGCGGGACAUCCAGAUGCUGAACAACAUCAAGAACCUCUUGUCGCCUCCGUAG